AAAUAUAAUACACACAUUUUCCCUGAUACUAUUUAAAUAAUGCACUCAGUCCAGCUCAAACUGUUUGCCGUAGUUAUUUAAGCAACAUAUUUUGGGCAAACAUAGGAUUUUCUGCAUCUUAUACAAAACAGAGGAUUCAGAGGGCCUGGCACGUUAAAGCUUACCACUCACUAACAGAUGUACUCAGACUAUAAGAGAAGACUCAGUUCGGCUAGCAACAUGGCUCCUAUCAAACUCCACGGAGACUACCUUUCCCAGCCUUGUAGAGCACUGGCGCUUAUGAUGAAAGUAAAUAAUAUCGCCUAUGACUUUGUCUCAAUACCUCUCCUACCAUUCUCUGAGAAGUUGCCAAAAAGAGGAAUAUGUCGCAAAUGUGAACCCAUUUAAAUGGGUACCAACUCUUGAAGUGGACAGUGAUGGAUGCAUAUGGGAGAGCUCUGCCGCCCUUCAAUACCUGGCUGAGAUGGAUGGUGUUCCCGAACACUGGUACCCCAAAAGUGGGAGGGCAAGAAUCAUGGUGAACACGUACCUAGCCUCACACAUGGAACAGACACGAGGAAACAUUCAGCAGGGUACUUUGUCAGGAGUUUUGCUGGGCCGGCAUUCUUCAGUAUGACUAUCACCGAGGACCAAGUUAAGGAAAUACAGGAUGGAUUUGAGAAACUGCUCAACAAACUGGAGACAAUCUGGUUGAAGGAUGCCCCCUAUAUUGCAGGAAUUGACAUCUCAAUUGCUGAUAUACAUUGAAUCACAGAGCUCAAUCAGGUCGGAGCGACUGGUUAUGACAUGGUGAAGAACAGACCUAAGCUGGCAGCUUGGAUGGAACGCACAAAGGCCAAACUACAGCCGCAUUUUGAUGAUAUAAGCAAGACAGUCUUGGCUGGAUUUGCAGAGGGAUUCAAGAAAUUCAAAGAAUCAAAAUAACAUUGUUUUAUUGCGUCUCAUAAAUGUGUGUUCUAUCACCAGA